GUGCGCGAGCGGCAAGCUGUUCUGCAUCCCGCGGGACGCGCGGCGGGUGCUGCAGAUCGAGGUUCAGGAGGGCAGCCGGGACGUCAAGGUGCGGCCCGUCGGCCCCGAUUUCGGGGACGUGCAGGGCAAGUUCACCGCGUGCGUGCGGGGCAAUCCGGCCGUGUCGACGAGCUUCUUCU